GACACAUUGACGGAGGCAGAGGGGUGUAUAUUAUAAAGACUGCAUUGACAGUGUCACAUACAUACGGACAUACUGUAGACCCUCGUACGUGAUCAUUGAUCAUACUCACCUCUCACACUCUCAUCACUGGCGAGAGACGGAAAGGCAGAGGAGUCAGCUGAAGCGCUUAAAGUUUCUCGCCUCUCUCGCUGCCUCGCUCGCCCGCGUCACCCCAGACCUGAAGAGAGCAGAUCACGCCGUUCCUCUGAGCGCCCUGCCCUCUGUCUCUGCGGCGGACCCCUGAACCUUUGCCCUUCUUCUGGAGAGAGACGCCAUGCGUCCCGCUGGCACGGCCGAGGCCGGUGUGGUGUACCCCCCGGUGUUUGUGGUAGAUGGCCAGGCUGGCUACCCCUUACCUGCCAACCCGGUCCCCCGCCGGCGGGGCACUGCCAUCUGGCCUCUGUACCUGCUGUUGUCCCUGGCUCUGUGUGGCAUGGUGGUGGAAGCAUGCUUCAUAUACCACCUGUACACCUCUACAGGUCCUCCGGGUACUGCGAGUGAUGUUGAACGAGCGGAGAAAAUAUCCCAGGACAAACAGCCAGUGAAGGGCAGCGACCUGAUGAUGAAACCAUCAAAGCCCACAGCGCACCUGACAAUUGCGCCCAACCUCUCUAGCAGGGAUGGAGUCUUGCUGUGGAACACAGAAGGAAACACCAUCGCUCACGAGCUGGCGUACAAACACGGGGGGCUAGAGGUCCAGAAGGAGGGGUACUACUUUAUCUACUCGAAGGUCUUCUUCAGAGAGCCCACGUGUAAAAUGUUUACCCACACGGUCUUGCGGAGCACACCGCGGUAUCUAGGGGAUGUCAUGGAGCUCAUGGAGUCCAGAAGGGUCCAUUGCCACGACCCUAGAGAACUGCAGAGCAGCUACCUAGGUGGAGUUUUCCACCUGGUCAAAGGUGACACCGUCCAGGUGAAGGCAAAGAACCACUCGCUGAUCGCCCGUCAACAUUCCUAUGACAACUUCUUUGGAAUGUACAUGAUUUAGGAAGGAACUAAAUCAUGUAAAUAAUUUAACCAGUUACACAUUACACUGUCACAUCACUGAAGCAAAUUUAUACCAGCCAGCAUACUGCACACCGCUGAACAAAAUAUAAUAAUGUUGUUAUUUGCAUUGUUAUAAUUUUUCUAAAGAUGGCAGAUGGAAUGGUCUUUCCAUAUGGGUUUGGCAAUCUGUAUCUGCAUUAUUUUCUGCAUUGCACUGCUGCCACAAGAUUUUGUGUGUGUAUAUAUAUAUAUA